UACUCUGUGAUCUGGAUAUUCUGCAACCCUAACCCUCAAUCCAUAUUUUAUUUUGACACCCCUUGUCACAACAACCACAAGUUCACCAAAUUUCAGUAUUAUUCCUUAAUUUCUAAGUUUCAAGCUUCCACAAUCGGGAAGAUUCAUGUCUGACGGCGCAGCCCUGCACACGAAAAUCUCCACAACAUUCCGCCAUGAUAUUGUUAAAGAGCUACUGAAAAGCAAAUUCAACAACUCGAAGAACAAAAUAUCGGAUGAAGCGGUUGAUUUGGUGGUGGAAAUUGCAAAAGUGAUGGCAAUUGAGGCAUCCGCCAGGGCCUGCUAUCAGGCGCAACUGGAGGACAAGACCACCGUUACACUGGACCAGGUUGAAUGUAUUCUGGCUCAACUGAUGUUGGACUUUCCAUAAGAUCGAGCUGCAGCAGAGACCAGGAAUGCUGAAGUCAUCAUUAAGCAACUGAACCAAUUAUUAUGAGGAGAUUCUUCAGAAUCAAUCAAGCUCGCCGGUUCUUUAAGAGUGAAUAUAAUUUUCAAACAAUUUAUUGAAUAAUUCUCUGUACGUUGUUAAUAUUCGUUGAACCCUAGCCGAAGCAUUAUUUCCUAUAUAAAUAAAAAUAUGUAAGUUUUAA